CCGGGGUGGGGGCGGAGCUUGGGGCGAACCGGGCGGCUCCGCGGCGGCGGCCCCGGGAGCGCAGCCCCCCCCCCUCCCCGAUGGCGACCGAGGUGGACACCAUGGAGGUGCCGCAGAACAACAACGGCCCCUGGGAGGGUCCCGACCCCGCGGCCACCGCCAAGCUCUUCGAGUGCUCCCGCAUCAAAGCCUUGGCUGACGAGCGGGACGCGGUGCAGAAGAAGACCUUCACCAAGUGGGUCAACGCGCACCUCGCCCGCGCCUCGUGCCGCGUCGGGGACCUCUACGCCGACCUCCGCGACGGCUACGUCCUCACCCGCCUCCUCGAGGUGCUCUCCGGGGAGCAGCUGCCCAAGCCGACGCGGGGCCGGAUGCGGAUCCACUCGCUGGAGAACGUGGACAAGGCGCUGCAGUUCCUCAAGGAGCAACGCGUGCACCUGGAGAACGUGGGCUCGCACGACAUCGUGGACGGCAACCACCGCCUGACCCUCGGCCUCAUCUGGACCAUCAUCCUCCGCUUCCAGAUCCAGGUGAUCAAGAUCAAGACCGAGGACAACCGCGAGACGCGCUCGGCCAAGGACGCGUUGCUGCUCUGGUGCCAGAUGAAGACAGCAGGGUACCCCGAGGUGAACAUCCAGAACUUCACCACCAGCUGGAGGGACGGGCUGGCCUUCAACGCGCUCAUCCACAAGCACAGGCCAGAUCUCAUUGACUUCCACAAGCUGACCAAGUCCAACGCUACCUACAACUUGCAGCAAGCCUUCAACACGGCCGAGCAGCAGCUGGGGCUCAGCAAGCUGCUGGACCCCGAGGAUGUCAACAUGGAGGACCCCGAUGAGAAGUCCAUCAUCACCUACGUGGUCUCCUUCUACCACUACUUCUCCAAGAUGAAGGCGCUGGCCGUGGAGGGGAAGCGCAUUGGGAAGGUGCUGGAUCAGGCCAUGGAGAUCGAGGCCAUCAUCGAGCGGUACGAGGCGCUGGCGGCCGAGCUGCUGGCCUGGGUGCAGCACACCGUCACCAUCAUCAGCAACCAGAAAUUCGCCAACUCCCUCACCGGCGUGCAGCAGCAGCUCCAGGCCUUCACCGCCUUCUGCACCCUGGAGAAACCCGUCAAGUUCCAGGAGAAGGGGAACCUGGAGGUGCUGCUCUUCACCAUCCAGAGCAAGCUGCGGGCCACCAACCGCAAGCUCUACGUCCCCAGCGAGGGCAAGAGCAUUUCCGACAUCAACAAGGCUUGGAGCUGCCUGGAGAAGGCAGAGCACGAGCGGGAGGUGUCGCUGCGCAACGAGCUGAUCCGGCAGGAGAAGCUGGAGCUGCUGGCCCAACGCUUCGACCACAAGGCGGCCAUGCGGGAGACGUGGCUGAACGAGAACCAGCGGCUGGUGUCGCAGGACAACUUCGGCUACGACCUGCCGGCGGUGGAGGCAGCCAUGAAGAAGCACGAGGCCAUCGAGGCCGACAUCUCCUCCUACCAGGAGCGCAUCCAGGUGGUGGUGGAGCUGGCCCUGGAGAUGGAGUCCGAGGGCUACUACGACACCAAGCGCAUCAGCGCGCAGAAGGACAACAUCCUGCGGCAGUGGGGGCUGCUGACCGAGCUGGUCCGCGCCCGCCGUGCCCGCCUCGAGCAGAACUUGGCCCUGC